AACCUGACAGUAGUGCUGCUUCUCUUUGUCAGAGGACCGACUUCCGUUUUCAUGUUUGGUCCAGGUUUCUGGAAUUUACUAUCUUGUGAAACUGAGCUACCUGUCACUUGGGUAAACAGUAGCAGUGAUUUGGUAUUUUGGUCGCGGCGCUGACGGAAGAUCCUCCACUUUCAGCCUGACAAGAGUUUGAGACCGUCAUCCUUUUUCAUCCUUGAGAAGCACGACUGUUUACCUAGCUAGCUGGCUAGCAUCAGCCAGCUGAGUUAAAGCACCUAGCAUGUUUCGGUUCUUGAAUGACGUUGACGACGACCCCUACAUGAUGGAUCCAUUUGCUGCUCACAGGCAGCAGAUGAGGGUUCUGUUUGGACCAUUUGGCAUGGACCCCUUUGCCCUUGCACCCCAGAUACAGGCGCCUCGUGCACCACGUAGACAGGCUGGUCCGCUGGCCCCCUUUGGCAUGAUGGGAAUGGGUGGAGGUUUCAUGGAUAUGUUUGGCAUGAUGGGAGAAAUGAUGGGAGGCAUGGAAAGAAUUUCCAGUUCACCAAACUGUCAGACGUUCUCCUCGUCAACAGUGAUCUCCUACUCCUCUACAGACUCAGGGCCUCCUGAAGUUUAUCAGCAGACCAGUCAAACGAGAACAGGCCCUGGAGGGAUCCGUGAGACGCGGCAGUCCAUGAGGGACAGCGAGAGCGGCCUCGAGCGUCUGGCCAUCGGCCACCACAUCGGGGAUCGUGCACACAUAAUGGAGCGUUCACGAAAUCGCCGCACUGGAGACCGCGAGGAUCGGCAAGACUUCAUUAACCUUGAUGAGAAUGAUGCUGCAGCGUUCGAUGAGGAGUGGAGGAGGGAGGCCGUAAGAUAUGUUCCCCCGAAUGCCCGGGCGCUGGAGUACGGCCGAGAUCGACGGGCAGGAGGUCAGCAGCUGGCCCUUACUGCCCCUCCCAGCUCAACGUCCCCACCAGGCCAUCGGCACGAGUCCCCCAGACACCGUCAGCCCCAAACCCGUCCACGUUACGACUGGUGAGAGUGCGAUCUAGGACCACCAUUUUGGACUGACAGGUUGACUGUCCCUGCAGGUGUGACACUUGGCCAACCAGAUGAAAGGAGUUGAGGGAAGAUUUCCCCGAUGCUGUGAACCACGCUGAAGAUGGAAGUUGAUGACCGUCACAACUGCCCGUCGUAAAUGUUUGAUAUGACUGGACUGUCUUUACAUAAACAACAAACACACACUCAACAAACCCCCCACCCACACACUUGAUAGUUACAUUUACAGUUCUCCUUCUCCACUGUUACGCUCAACACACACACACACACACACACACACACACACACACACACACACAAUGGCACCCUUGUGCAUACAUGGGUAUAACUACGCUCACUUUAUAUAUACUCAUUCUCAAAACUUGACGUGUUUUUGCCCACUGCACUUAAGUGCUACAGUAUACAGUACAUCUGCUGUACAGUCCAUUUUAUGUUUGUGAAGACACUAGUGUGUCAGUGAAUUGAAUUGUAUACUGUUAACUAAUUAAUCUAACUAAAUAAAAGUUCAUUAAACAUUGUUAGAUAAUUACAAAA